AUGAAUCCCGAAUACGAUUACCUUUUUAAGCUAUUACUCAUUGGUGAUUCUGGCGUGGGAAAAUCAUGUCUCCUCUUACGGUUUGCUGAUGACACAUAUACCGAAAGUUAUAUCAGUACCAUUGGUGUAGAUUUCAAAAUUCGAACAAUCGAUCUCGAUGGUAAAACAAUCAAAUUACAAAUUUGGGAUACCGCUGGUCAAGAACGAUUUCGAACUAUCACCAGCAGCUACUAUCGUGGUGCACAUGGUAUUAUAGUUGUCUACGAUGUAACAGAUCAAGAAUCAUUCAAUAAUGUGAAACAGUGGCUCCAAGAAAUUGAUCGUUAUGCUAGUGAAAACGUCAACAAAUUAUUGGUUGGAAACAAAUGUGAUUUGACAGCUAAAAAAGCUGUUGAAUAUUCAAAAGCAAAAGAAUAUGCCGAUUCAUUAAGCAUACCAUUUUUGGAAACAUCAGCCAAGAAUUCCACCAAUGUCGAACAGGCAUUUAUGACUAUGGCAACCGAAAUCAAGUCUCGUAUGUCGUCAGUACAACCGGGACCAGCGGGUAAAGCAUCAUCAGGUGUGAACGUUGCUUCACCUGGCAAACCAGUUCAACAAAGCGGUGGUUGCUGCUAG